CUCGGCUGACGACUGCCAUUGUUCGAUGGCUGGCGGCGUGGUUGCAUUGAAUGGUGGUCCCAACUCUGACAACUUGACGCAUUCGGCCUUUCGUAAGGUGAAUGCCGAGCAGGCAUGGAAAGACUGGCCGCCUCGGCCUGCCAGACAUGCCGCUCGCAGAAGCUCAAGUGUUCUCGCUCUCUCGGCAAGUGCCAUCGAUGUGUUCGAUUGGGGAGAGAUUGCGUCUACCUGCUACCGCCAGAUCGCAAGGAGAUAGGCCUCCGACGAGCGAUCAAAUCGAGGGCUCAAAAACGUGCGCUCGCCAGUGUCACAUCUGUCGAUGACACCCUUCCUCCACAAUCGGGCGCCGAGCGAACAGCAUCCUCGGACAAUGAUGUUUCGUACGAGAUCAACGAACGCGACGUCGCCGUCUCAAUACCCGACCUGUCUACCCAACAAGCCUUGAUCGACAUCUAUUUCUCCCGUACCUUCAACGCAUCAGUAACCUUCCACCAGCCUACCGUCCUACGACAGUGGAGAGCUUCGCAGCUUCCCCAGAUCCACCUGCUUUCAAUGUGCGCCAUGGCAGCAAGUUUAUUGGCCCCAGGCUGUGUUAUCCAAGGCCGCGAGCAGCUACUCGGUCGGCUAGAAGACGCACAAAAGCAUGCACGGCAGUGGGCGCUUUGGGUCGGCAAUCAAGUCUUGCAGCUGGUGCAACAGCCAAACCUCGUUGUCGUCCAAGCGUGCAUCGUAGUCGCAACCUAUUGGAUCUCGCAAGGCGAUGCAAAUCGCCACUCUCUCUUCUCAGCCAUUGCAACGCGCACGACACGCAACAUGUUGCUGGCCAUGGUCAGAGGAGACAUGCGGUCCAACACGUCGGCCACGUAUGCUGAAACAAUGCGUCGCUGCUUCUGGGCAGCGUGGACUAUGAAUUGCGUUGUUGCGGACCAUUACAUAGUCGGCACGGCGAUUGACCCGGUAGCCCUGAGUACCCCCCUCCCCAUCUCAGAAGGCAGUUUCCGCAGUGAAACUCCGCAAAAUCAGGGAACGUUAGCGAGCCCCCAUCGUGUGAAUAGCCAUGACAGUGCGCCUCUGUCGAUCGCAGCCGAAACCAUCAAGUUAGUUGCAAUAUGGUCCAGAGUGCAGGACUUUGUGCAAACAAAAGGGGCAAGCCCUGCGCAGAAAAUAGUCUCCGAUCUCCUCUCACUCGACCAAGAGCUGAACGCCUGGACCUCCAGCCUUCCGUCGGCAUUCGACUACAACAAAAGGAACCUCUUCGAGUACCUCGUGGUCAAAGGGCAGUUUGGCUACGUGAGCGCGCACGCCCUCUUGCAUCAAUGCCAUCUGGUACUCCACGCAUCCAUCGUCCCGCGCUUCGGCGGCCGAAUACCGCGCGAUGCGUUUUCCAUCGAUGUGGUGCGCAGCAGUGCGAGGAGUGUGUUUGAGAGUGCAAAGCAGCUGUCCAUUAUUGCGAACGACCUUGCAGCCUUGGAAUGGGAGCCUGCCUCGCUAUCGCCCUUCUUCGGCUGGGCCAUGUAUGCUUCGGCGGCUAUCCAUCUCCUGACUCCCGCCCAGCCGGACGCGCUUUCGGCGGCUACUUCUAGUUUGAGGGUCCUCAAGGGCAUGAAGCCGUACUGGCAGCACUUGAACGUAUUGUGGGACCGCAUCCAACAACUCCUCCCUCCUUCUGCAGAUGCAGGCGCACGUUCAGAAUUGCUGUCCAUGUUCCAGGGCCCGUCGGCGGCCCCGUCUGCGCGCGGGUCAAUGCGACAAGACCCUUCUGUGCCAUCUGACAGCUUCGACCAGAACCUGCUCGAAUCGGGGCCGGAAUCUUUGGUCCCAUACGCCAUCGGCCGACGGGCAGUAAGCCCUGCUGCAAUCAAAGCCACGCAGCCGAGCGUACUCACUCCGCAGAUCACACCAACGUCAGAGCCGGUCGUGCAUCCUACCGACGCCGUUCAUCCGCACGCGGAAACACUUCAGAAGACCCAAGAUACGCAAUCGUGGACAUCCCAGGCACAUCCAUCUGCACUCACUCUCCAGGGCGAGCAAGACACAAUCGCUUGCAAUGACCUGUCAAUUACGGCAGCCAGCAUGCCCUUCAUGGACGAAGAAUUGCUCUGGGAAACGGGACUCGGUGGCUUCUCGUUCGACGGCUGGCUUAAUCCGUCGCUGGACUGGACCGAUCUUGAGCUGUGGAGCGAGACGAGUAAAGGCUAUUAGAAGCUUAUAGUAGAAUGUCUUACCUAACAUUAUAGAGAGCCAUCCUAAUUAGCUUCGAUUGGAUCUUGGAAGACUGGCGCUACUCCGACUUACCGUUCUCUAGAACGAUGUAAAAGCUAGGCAAGGUAGUAUGGGCUGGCUCCGGUAGAUUGGGCAGCCCAUGAGCGAGAAUGUGUGUUCUAUGCGUAGAGCUUAGGCAAUUGACGG